AUGCACUACCGGGAGCACGUUGAGCGCUUUGGGAGCAUUCCUCAAUACUCCACGGACGUCAGUGAGCUUGCCCAUGUACGGCAGGUAAAAGAAGCUUACAGAGUGUCCAACAAGGCUGAUGCUGCGAUACAGAUACUGGACUAUGGAGGGAGGCGAUUGGUGUUAGAGAUCCGAAUUCUAAAUCUGAAAGAUAGCGUCGGAGGUCCUGAGAGUACUGACGACAUCCUCUUGAGCCAUCGGGAUAACCUCAAGGAGUUGCUCAACAUUUUCAAAAUCGAGGACCGCAGGAAAACGCCGAAUGAACGCUCAAUAGUAGAAAGCGGACUGCCCCUGAAGCGUCUUUGCAAUCCCUACUCGAAAUCGGAAAGACUUUUCAACGUGGCAGAUGGACUGCAAAUGAGCCAUAUCACGCUGUAUCGCCUGAUAAAGGAGUUUGCAGAGGAUGCGGGAUGGUUCCAGAGCUUUGCCGGAAGCUCUGAGAGCAUUUUGGAGCGUCGGGUGGAGGUGUUCACAUGUUUGCAGGUUCCAAUACCAAUCUUCCAAAGACCUGAGGUGUACGAAGUUCACAAUAUCAGGUGUACGGGAACAUUAUCUUCUAGGAAGGGGAAAAUAAGAAAGGAUUGGGCAUGGGUAUCGGUAGGUUCCUCAGAGCAGUGGGGAGUGUUUCGGGAACGCUUACCAGGACGAGUGGAGGCUCUGUUCAAGGUACGGGAUAGCACAGGACGCGCACAUAGACUAUGUGUAGUUGAGCUGCUUGAGGCGAAGGAUCGUGGUAUCGCUGAUAGCUCACAUGGGCUGCUGAAAGUCUUUAGUAGGAGGAGGAAGAAGAUGUGGGUCGUGAAUAUUCGGAGUAUAUUAGGAAUGGCCCAUUUGUUCGAGGUGGAUGCUGGCAAUUGGCUGGUAAAUACUAGGAUAGAUUUGCAUACGUGGAAUGAAUUCAGUUAA